CUUCUACUAGCUAGCCACUCCUUCCCAUCUCUCUCAGACAUUUCACAAGAACCUGCAAGAAGAAGAAGGCUAGGAAGAAGAGAAUUUGUCGAGAUGAUGAUGAUGAUGCUCCGGCUCGCCGGUGAAGCUAGGAGGAGGACGGCCAAGGAUGUGGCCACCGGAGCGGCCGGCGGCGAGCGGUGGCUGUCGGCGGCGGCGGCGGCCAAAGGGAGGCUGGAGGGGAAAAUCGCAAUAAUCACCGGGGGAGCAAGCGGGCUGGGGAAGGCCACGGCCCACGAGUUCAUCCGGGAGGGCGCCGGCGCCGUCAUCAUCGCCGACGUCAACUCCGGCACGGGCCUCAGGACGGCCGAGGAGCUCGGCCCGCGCGCGCAGUUCGUGCGGUGCGACGUCGCCGACGAGGGCAGCGUCGCGGCGGCCGUGGACGGCGCCGUGGCGAGGCACGGGCGGCUGGACGUCAUGUUCAACAACGCCGGCGUGGCGGGCUCGCUGGCCGGCUCGACGGAGCUGGCGACGCUGGACCUGUCCGUGCUCGACGCCGUGAUGGCCGUGAACGUGCGCGGGACGCUCGCCGGGAUCAAGCACGCGUCGCGGGUGAUGUGCCCCGCCGGCGCCGGCUCCAUCCUCUGCAUGGCGAGCAUCAGCGGCCUCAUGGGGGGCCUCGGCACGUACCCGUACUCGGUGUCCAAGUUCGCCAUCGCCGGCGUCGUCAAGGCCGCCGCCGCCGAGCUGUCCCGCCACGGCGUCCGCGUCAACUGCGUCUCCCCCUUCGCCGUGCCGACGCCGAUGGUGGUGGAGCAGUUCUCGCAGAUGCUGCACCGCCGCGGCGGCGGCGCCGGCGCCGCCGACGAGGCGCAGGUGGCGGCGGUGGUCAGGGGGCUCGGCGAGCUGAGGGGCGCGGCGUGCGAGGCCGUGGACGUGGCCAGGGCGGCGGCGUACCUCGCCUCCGACGACGCCAAGUACGUCUCCGGCCACAACCUGGUGGUGGACGGCGGCUUCACCAGCUACAAGUACAUGAACCUGCCACAGAAAUGAGUAUGUAUGUUAUGUUUCCACAGAAGAUCCCGUGGGUGUAGAGAGAGGCUUUGCGAGUCCUGGAAAGACAGUGGAUUCGGUAGAGAGAGGAGCGUGGAUUCUCUGUGGCUCUCUUGUCUGCGUAGUGUGGUGAAAUUCUGAAUCGUCAUGGAGAUUCUAGGUGUCUGAAAUUUGGUCAAAAAAGGAAAAAGGUUACGGAGCUUUGAAAGUCGAAGGUUCCUAUCGUUUCUCUUAU